AUGCGCGAAGGAGGGCGCGGAGGACGAGGACGCGGAGAGGCGUCGCGUCAAUCGCGUCGUGCGGCGGGGCUGCCGCCCGAGGAGCAACCGAUCCUGGAAGAGGUUCAACGCAAUGCUCAGAGGGUUAACGCUGAAAAGCGGAAGGCGGCCCUGGCCGGAGAUGGGUUUUCGAACCAAGUCCAGCCGGCACCCGAGCCGGCCGUCCCAGAUGACGCGCAUCAAGUAUCGAAGGACGGCGAACCCGAACGUGCUGACGCGGGCGAUGAGCCGAAGACCGCUGAGGGGGAUCCCGGUCAGGGUGAACCCAACCAGGCGUCUGAGGGAGGCGCCGACGUGGAUGAGCCCCAGGCGGAGGAUGUGCAGCCGAACGCGCAAGUGUCCGCUGAACCCAAGCCGACGCUGUCUGCCGAGGAGGAGAAGCCGGCCGCCGUUCCUGCGAAGGCGGUGACCCAACUCUCGGUGAAGGCCAGCCGGGGUAACCCGCCGGUGGAGUUGCCGGCCGAGCACUCAAGUGUCCAAGCGGCAAAGACGUACGCGGCGUUGCAGACGUCUCGGUGGGAGAGAGCCCGGCCUGGGUUCACACUUCCGCCGAAUUACCUGGCGUCCAAGGUGGCCUCGCAGGACCCGGUCAAAGUUUGGUUGGCCGACCUGGCACCCAGCCGGCGAGACUUGUCGACUGCCCAGGACCUGGCCGGGGUCCAGAUCCCAACCGGGUUGCUGGACUCGCGGGAGUGCGUUGCGGUCCUGCAGACGCUCCUGUUCGAGGACGGGUUCCAGUUCGUCAACGUGGUACCGGCCUGGGUGGAGAUGCGAGUGUCCAAGUUGGCGCCGAUGUCCAUCCGGACCCUGGUCGGAGAUGUCCAGCGACUGCUUGCGGUCGAGCUCAUCGAGUGGCGCGAGCUGGUCGUCGGAGCGACGUUCAAGGUCCUGCCAGCGUUAGAGGGCCAAGCGAAGACAGAGAAGCCGCCGAUCAUGGAUUGCCACGCGAAAGACGCGGAUGGAGAUCUAUUGAUAAACGACUACGAAAUCUUACUGGGCCGGACAUAUCGUCCGCAGCAUGCGCCACCGAGGGCCGAGAGCUCUCUUGCAUCUCCGCCGUCCCAGUUCGAGUCGCUGCCGUCCGAGUUUCCGUCGGUUGAGGGGUCCGCCCGGGAUGCCCCGGCCAGAGGUGCAACUUCGGACCCUGUCCCGAGCAUAGUUGGCACCUCCGACCGGGCUUCCUACGGCGCGACGUCCGAGCCGUACGUGUCCAGGAACUCCACCUCGGACUCGUCGAUCUCGACGCUCGGGUACAGCGCUGCGUCGCACAUGCCGAUGCCCCAGUUGGGAUCUUGGCGAUACGUGGGGUUCUACGUGACGCGUGAAGUAGUCCCCAAACGAGAGCCGACCCUCGAUCAGGCUGAUGCCAACUUGGCACGCUUGGGCGAGUGGCUCGGACUCGGAUGGAGAUGCUCGGCGUCGCGGCCGACGUUCAACCCGGAGGUCAUCACGAGACCGAUCCCCAUCCAGGUGCUCGAGUCGAUCCAGGCGCUCGUACCGGUCCACCCGGUCCGGACGGACAAGCCUGUCGGCCCAAUCGGGGAUGGCGGAGAUGGCGGUGUCGACCUUCCACCAGGUCCAGCAGCUUGGUGCCGAGCUGUCGAAGCUGUGUCGACCGGGAAGGACCCCGGUCGGGAUGCCGAAGCCGGGCUUGCUCUGGCCAAAGCCCAACGGGAGGCACGCGAAGCCGAGCGACGGGCCCAGGAGCUUGAGCGACACCUGCAUGAGGUCUACGCCCAGGCGUCCCAGGCCGCCUCGCAGUCCCUGACGGCCGAGACCAACGUCGAAGCCGCUCGUCUUGAAGCUGCGCGGACCGAGAAUGAGCGUGUGGAGGCAGCCGCCGCGGAGUACAUCCGCCGACAGCUAGCUGAAGCCGACGCGAAGCACGCCGCCGAGAUGGCCGCCCGGGUCGGGCAGGCCCAGCAGGACCUGGCCGCGUUGGCAGCCAGGCUACAGGCUUCGGAAGUCGUGCGUGCGCAGGAACGUGCACAGCCGGGACAGAAGAACACGACCGAAGCCGGUUGGGAACAGCUACUGGCGACACUGCCGGAAGCCGACGUCGCGCUUAAUGCGGCGCACCGAUCUACUACGGCGACGCAGGUUGCCCCGACGGGGACCUCCCGUCCGGGGACCAAGACGGCGGACGAUCGCAAGAAGGCACCGCACAAGGAACGCCGCCGGGAUCGCGACUCGUCCCCGGAUUCAGGCUCCAGUUCCUCGAGCUCGGAUGAUGACAGCUCCAGCUCGGACGAUAGCCUGGACGAUGAGGACACUACACCGACCGUGGAGUCAACUACGAUUGGGGAUGGCAAGACCUCCUGGACGUUCCGCCGGUAUGUCAACUCCAGCAUGCUGGGUCAGUUCGAUGAGAAGGCCCCGUUGGGAGAUCGACGUACCUGGUGGGAGAAGUUCACCAACAUUUCCGUCCAGGGUGGUUGGUCCGACCAGACCAAGGUUCGAGCGCUCAAGAUGAAGUUGUCGCCUGUCGUCCGGAAUUGGCGCGGCCAGCUGGAGAAGCACGUCCAGAGCAAUUGGAAACGCUUCGUCCAGGAGUUCCGUCGCAAGUACUUGAAGCUUCGGACAUCGGAGUCUGAACGGUACUAUACCAUGCGGCAGAAGACGUCUGAGACCCCGAUGGAGUUCUUCUACAGGCUGAACGAGGCUGCAGUCAAGGCGGGGAUCAAGUACCGGAAGUCCAAGAAGGAACGCAAGCAACACGUCAAGCGUUUCCUGAAGAACCUCAGGGACUCCCAGCUGAAGGCCAUCCUGGCUAACCAGAAGAUCCACAGCCUAGACGACCUCGAAGACAUCCUGGAGCAGCAGGAGGACCUGAACGUGGAUGGGGGUAUGAUACGCCACCGCCCAGGCGGGACUUCCGAGCGGGCAACAUCCAGGAUUCCCGUUUCAAGCCGAGGCGCCGUGCGUUUGUUGCAACUUCGGACGGGGAGGGAGUCCGGCUACGAAUCUGAAGGUCGGGUGUGUUUCGAGGAUGAAGUUGAAGAAGCCAAGCCGUCCCAAGCGGAGUCGAAGGAGUCCAGCCGGAUCGAAGUCAUCCUACAGUCCGGACAGAGAUACGGAUGGUGGGAGGAUCACGAGCCUGAAGAGAAUCAUGAAGUGACGAUAGUGCAUGGGGCGGUGAACGAUCUCCGAACGAGGAUACGCUUGGACACUGGUGCAUCUGGAAGCAUGAUUAGCUUGGACCUUGCGCGUAGGCUCAAGCUGAAAUUCCGGAUGUUGCCGGAGCCGAUCAGGGUGUCCGGAUUAGGAGGUGCUCCCACGAACAUUACGUCGUACGCCCGGGUGAAGAUCACUCUGGGAUUCCGCGUGGUGUAUGUGAUGAGUGUCUGGCUAGCGAAUAUCGGCGAAGGAUUGGAAGUACUUCUGGGGAUGAACUUCAUCUAUGCGGCUGGAGUGCGGUUGAGCGUGCGAGAAGGACUAGUGCAGCUCCCGGACGAAGAAACUGUUGUGAUGUGUGACGGUCCGCGCCGCGACAGAGUGGGCUUGGAUCUCCCGGUAACCCCAGAUGAGGGGAUUUAUCUCCGUCCGGGGGAACAUGCGAUCGUGAAGAUCGUGUAUGCUACCAAGUCGUUGGCGUCUUCGGUGAAAGUGGUGAACAUCUCCAAGCAGAGAGUGUGGAUCGACAACCGGACUCCUGUGACCCGGAUCGUCGAGUUCGGACAUUUUCCCCGGUUUGGGAGAUUUGUCCGGCCGGGAAGCAAGCGGUAUCAGGAGUGGCAACAGCUGAUCUACGAGAACACAGUGUCUCCGGAAGCAGAGGCGCGUGAGCAAGAGCACAUCGAGCUCGAGUGGAGUCGGCAGCCCCCAACCGUAGAAAUACCGCAGCGGGAAUGGCCGACCAGGAUUCCCCUAUGGCCUGAGUCGGGGUCCCAGACGGACCGUCUGGUGAUGCCCCAGCAGGGUAACACUGAGCCCCGGGCGGGAUCCGUCGAGGGAGUCUCGGAUGGAGAUGAUAACGAAGCCUAA